AUGAGCAAGACCGGAAUGCACUUAAGCGGAAGGAAUGGGAGAGAAGAAACCAAGAAGUCCAGCAAGAUGAAGACCUCUUUGCUUCAGGUUUUAACCUCUUUGGGGAGCCCUACAAGACAAAUAAAGGUGAUGCUCUUGCAAACCGUGUCCAGAACACAUUGGGAAACUAUGAUGAGAUGAAGGAUCUGCUAACUAACCAUUCAAAUCAGAGCCACCUUGUAGGAAUCCCAAAGAAUUCUGUCCCACAGACGCCCAUCGACAAAAAUGAACAGAACUUUUUCCCGGAACCAAGAAACAGGAUGAUCCCAUCUCAUCAGAUCAGUGGCCACUCAUCGACAUCAAUGCCUCCACCUUCUUCAUUGUCGUCUAAUUCUACUUUGCUGCACAGUCAUCAGAGCAGCAGGAAGGCGAGGACAGACUGGUCACGCAGUGGUCACAACUCUAGUGGGGCCCAGCCAAGCCAAUCCAGUAGUCAGCAGGGUCGGACAAAGCAUAGCUCUUCUCAUGACCAGCCACAGGGCAGGUAUGAAGACCUCUAUAGUUGUCAGAGCGAGCAGCAUAAAAGUGGAGGAACUGAGGAAGCAAAUUCUAUGGCAGCAUCUUCACAUUCAAGGCGGCAUACUCAUUCAAAGUCAGCAGCUGGAGAACAUGCUUACAAAGAAAACAGUCAUUCAAAGUCACCCACGGAGCUUGAGUUUGUAGGUCAUGGUCCUGGAUCUCCACUUCCUUCCACAUCUUUGUUAUCUGCAAACAAUGGUCUUUCGAGCCAGAAUUUCCCACCAGGACUUCACUGUAAAAGCAGCAUGGUCCAGCAAAAGCCUACAGCAUAUGUUCGGCCUAUGGAUGGCCAGGACCAGGUACCCAAUGACUCACCUGAACUGAAACCUCCCGUAGAAAUUGAGAAUGGAUAUGGAAAUCAGUCCUUUGGAACACUGUUGGAAGGAAAAGUGAACACACCUAGUUCAAAGAAUAAAGUACCAAAGCUUAAUAUUCCUCCUGUUGGUGAAGUUACCCUUCCCAAUGACUCCAGCUGUGUGGAAGAAAUACUGCGUGAGAUGACCCAUUCCUGGCCUCCUCCUCUUACUGCUAUUCACACUCCUGGCAAGGCUGAGCAGACCAAGUUUUCUAUCCCAAGCAAGGUACAAGACUCCCAACAUCCGACCUCAGGAUACAAUGUACAAAAGUGGAGUGAUCCAGCAGGGAAAGUUGCAACUAAGUCAGUGCCACAAAAGUCGAUGCUUGAGGAUGAUCUGAAACUCAGCAGUGAUGAAGAUGACAGUGAACAGGCUGCUGAAAAGACAAAAUUGAGAAACAUUCCUGUAAACGGCCUGCCGGUGCCGGUGGCACAUGCAGCUGGCUUAACCCAUUCCAGCGGCGGCUCCGGGAGCUCCAGCGAGUCCGAGAGCAGCUCUGAGUCUGACUCCGACAGCGAGAGCAGCUCCAGUGACAGCGAGUGCAACGAGGAGUCACGCAGUGCCACGCCGGAGCCUGAACCCCCCUCAACAAACAAAUGGCAGCUGGAUAAGUGGCUAAAUAAAGUGAACCCCCACAACAAGACCAUCAUCAGCAAUCAAAAUGAGCCUCACAGUGAGACCAGCUCCCAGCCGCAGAGCAGCCAGCAGGCCGAAGGGCAAAACAAAGGGAAGCUCAACAACAGCCUGCCCCCAACCGAUUCCAAAGACCGGGCGAUCCUCAGUCCCAUCCGAGAGAAAGCCAAACCGCGGGUUGCCCAGAAAACCCCAGAGGCAAAAAGCUCCAAGCAGAAGUCGCCAGCUCAUAAUGAGCCAACUGCACAAAGGACUACUGGGAAAAAGCAACCCAAAAAGGUAGAAAGGACUUCCAGUGUAGAAGAGUAUAACUGGCCCAAACCAAAUAAUACCAGCAACACUCCCAAAGAAAAAGACACACAGGAACCCCUCGAGCAGCCAAAGGUUCGAACUAAAGCAGCAGUUGGCAAGACCGCCCCAAGGAAAGAGCCUCGAACAAGCACAGGUCUCACUUCGGAGAAGAAAAAGUACAGAGGCCCCAGCAAAAUUGUCCCCAAGUCCCGGGAAUUUAUUGAAACUGAUUCAUCCACUUCUGACUCAAAUACAGAUCAGGAGGAGAGCCUGCAAGCUAAGAUAUUGCCAGCUUGUAGUGGACCAGCCAACGGCAUCAAAGUGAAGGACUCUGGCAGUAACAUCCUCAGUGUAAGUAGCUUAACUAGCAAUGGCAGCAACACAUCCAUCGACCAGACGAGCAAUGACUUGGAGGAGCAGCUCUUUUCUCCUAUCCCAAUUGUACAAAAUGAACUUCUGUCCCCACUGAGAGAAUAUGAAGAACUCAAAUCUCUUUGGGUGAAAAUAGACCUUAGUUUACUCUCUAGGAUACCUGGACAAGAGCCUUUUGAGACCACAUCUGUGAAAACUGAACCAAGAGAGGCAAAUGUGAAACACAGACGACCAUCUCGAGAGUCCCCUACCCCAGCAGCUGAAAAAACAUCCACAAAAUCCAAGAGGAAACACAAGUCAGAAAACCUGGAAACCUUUGUUGAAUCCAAGAAGCAGCGCCUGGAGGACCCUUCAGCUUCAUGCUUGCUCCCACCAUGUAUCUCUCCAAUACCGAAUCACAGAUUAACCAAUACUAAAGAGAGCAGCAGUAACUCGGUGAAGAAGAUGGCAAAGAAAAGAGAAGAGAAGCUCUUCCCUCCUCCAUUGUCCCCCCUCUUGGAUGAGCCUGUGCACCGGCGGCACAGCAGUGACAACAGCUCCUUCAGCCAAGAGACCAACAUCGCAAACACCUCUCAGACCAGCAGCUCUUCCUCCUUAGUUUCCAAACACAGAAAGAAUGAAAAUAAAUCCUCUUCUAACCCCAAAGGAAUCUGUGAGGAAGAAACCCACAAUGCACCAACAGCCAACACUCUUCUUGAUACCAGCCAUCUAGAAACAGACAUCUGGUCUGCAAUGCCAACUCUUUCCAAUGGGAAUUCUGAGCCCAGAAGACCUAAAAUCACAUUUGAUGAUGUGCUUCACAACGCAGAUUAUUAUAUGCAAGAAGCUAAGAAGCUCAAGCAUAAAGCAGAUGCAUUGCUGGAGAAGUUCGGCAAAGCAGUGAAUUAUGCUGAUGCUGCCCUGUCCUUCAUCGAGUGUGGGAACGCUAUGGAGCGAGAUCCAUUAGAAGCUAAAUCUCCAUACACCAUGUACUCAGAGACUGUGGAACUCAUCAGGUAUGCAAUGAGGCUCAAGAAUUUCACAGGCUCUUCUGCCACAGAAGGGGACAAGAAACUAGCAGUUUUAUGCUACCGAUGCUUAUCACUUCUCUACUUGAGAAUGUUUAAACUAAAGAAGGACCAUGCUAUGAAGUACUCCAGAUCUCUGAUGGAAUAUUUUAAGAACUCUUCAAAAGCCUCACAGGCCCCCUCACCUUGGGGCGGCAAUGGAAAGAGCACAGAAACACCAUCGCCCAUGUCCCUGAGUCCAUCCCCUGUUAGCUCUGCUGGAGGCAGCGCGGGCACCGCUGGCUCCUCCUCAGCGGGGACCAUCACCAUCCCUCAGCGCAUCCACCACAUGGCUGCCAGCCACGUCAACAUCACCAACAACGUCCUGCGAAGCUAUGAGCACUGGGACAUGGCUGACAAGCUGACUAAGGAGAAUAAAGAAUUCUUUGUAGACCUGGACUCAGUGAUGGGACCCUUAACACAACACAGCAGUAUGACCAAUCUGGUUCGUUACGUUCGCCAAGGACUCCACUGGCUCCGCAUUGAGGCUCAUUUGUUGUAGUGACUGCUGCCCUGCUCAUAACAUCCCCAUUCUUCUACCUCUACCAGCGCACAGACGAUCACUGGUGGAACUCCACUCAUUUCUGGAAAUUUAUUCAUGUAACUUCAUUUUUAUUGCCUUUUUUAAUAUCCUAUCUAUUGGAAGUAGAAGUCAUCAUAAAUGGAACUUAUGACUCAAGAGCAGUAUGUGUUGUACCACCUAAUCAUUUUCGACAAUUUUCUAUGCCUUGUGUCUCCCGGAUCCUGCCAUCCUUAUGUGCUUUAUGGAACGGUACAUUCCCUGCAGUAUUGUUUUAAGUCCAUGCUGCCUUCAAGUGAAAACAAAAAAGCACUUUGAGAAGAUACGGAUUCCUGAGAAAUAGUACAAAGCGUCUUAAAUAUUUGAGGGUAUAUAUGAGAAGUCCCUUCUGAAAUAAAUUAGUAGAAUUUAUAGCUAUUCACUCAAAAUCAUCUUCUGAACCUGUACCAAGCUUUUCGCCACUUAAUUCUGGCAUCAUUACCUUACACAGUACAUUGCUAAGAUUUCAUACUUCCAAUAGGCUUAAUCUCCAGAAGAAAACAUUGAAUAUCUUACAGGUACAUAAUGUAAGAUCACCAAAGGUGUUAAGAGGUAAAAGGUUGAAGGAAUGCCUCAUUAAAGAAAGAUGACACACUAUGCAAUGAGGUUUUGAUAUUCCAUUCUACCUGUUUAUUGUUGGCUUAACAAUUUCAGUAGGCAGCACAAUUUAUUGCAGUUUUUAGGCAAUUUCGAAGUAUUAGCUUUCAUAGUCUCAUCUGCUAUUCCUAUACUGAAUCUGUGAAUUUCCUUUCAGUUUUACUGUUAGUCUCAAACGAAUACUCAUCCAAGAUUUUUCAUCACAGAACAAUCUCUUCUUGCAUAGUGACUCAGUGAAAGCAGAUUUUAACGGGAAUGCUACAUUCUAAGCAUUGAUAUUGUAUGUAAAACUCCAUUAAUAAGAAGUGUAUGCAGAUUCUUCAUGAAACUCUCUGGACGUUCAACUAACCAACUUCUGUUGAAACAAUGUAAUUCCAUGCAGCAUCAAUUUACACCUGUUUUGUUCAUUUCAGAGCAUUAGAAACAAGUGGUAUUACUUACCUUGCUAUCAUGAAAACAAUGAUAAAUUAAAUAAAAUCAACGGAUUUACCCAAAAGCAAUAUAACAUUUGUUUAAUAAUGGCCAUGAAUACUGCAGUCAAAUUACCUGUUUUCCAAGCUCUGCAUCUAUUUACCCAUGCUGUCGUGUUUCGGACCAUUUUUCUAAUGCGUGAAUAAUAAUGAGACAAUUCAGAUAGAAUUUCAAAGCAAUUGUGAAUAAAUUACACCAUUUCA